AUGAAUCAACCUGGAGGAGCCAGUCCAUUUGGUGGUGCUGCAGGUUCUAGUCCAGGUGGUCUUGGAGGGCCUGGUGGCAUUGGUGGUCCUACUGGCUCAAGCCCAGGUGGUAUUGGAGGAGCCACAGGGCCAGGGGGGAUGAGCAAACCAGGACAACCAGGCAGUUCUUUUGGUGGUCCGGGUGGUCCGAGUGGCCCUGGUGGUCCUGGUGGUGCAACAGGGCCAGGUGGAAUGGGACAACCAGGCAGUCCUCUUGGUGGCCCUGGUGGUAUUGGUGGUCCUACUGGGUCAAGCCCAGGUGGUAUUGGAGGAGCCACAGGGCCAGGGGGGGUGAGCAAACCAGGACAACCAGGCAAUUCUUUUGGCGGUCCGAGUGGCCCUGGUGGUGCCACAGGGCCAGGUGGAAUGGGACAACCAGGCAGUCCUCUUGGUGGCCCUGGUGGUCCUGGCGGUUUUAGUGGUCCUACUGGCUCAAGCCCAGGUGGUGUUGGUGGUGCCGCAGGGCCAGGUGGAAUGCGCACACAAGGACAAAGUAGCCCUGGAAUGAAUAGAUCUGGUGGCAUGGGUGGGCCUACAGGUCCAGGAGGGCGGCAACAGCUGCAGCAAAGAGCAACACGAACUCAGGCAGGCCGAGCAGCAGCAGUGAAUGGCCCACGUCAAUCCAGCAACCGCCGCUUCGAGGAGACCUCGUUUUCCAGCUUUGCAGGAGCAGAUGAUCCCGGCACCAUUGCGAAGCAACUCAACACACCAAGCGGCAAUCUGAUGGCACCUGAUGCGCCAUCCUUCCUGCGUUCCAAUGGGCUUUAUUCGUAUGAAUCGUCGACCCGAAAUGGAGGAUAUGCUGGUAGUAUGUUGACAGAUGACUCCUCUGAUAUGUCUGAUGGAGGUCGAACAGCCAGAAAAUCACAGAUGAUGGUGGAUAAUCAAGCUUCGGCAGAUGCUUUUACUUGGAAAGAUUCAAGCCGACAACGUCGUGAUCCUCGUGCCAACGACCCGCCUAAGAGUGUUUUACUCGCCAAGGCUGCCGACUAUGGCGUCACAGGAGGGGGCCAAUCGAAUACAUAUGACCAAAGCCACAAUCGCGCAAAUACGAGGAGACUGCAGAGAGUGAGAGUGCGCGAUCCUGGGGCUACCACGCCGUCUACAACUGAAAUGUUGGCUGCCGCGGCAGAUUAUGGUGUCAGUGGUGGUCAAAAAUCAGAUGUAUAUGAUGCCGCUGCGUACGAAUCAUACCGGAUAUCCCGACAGCUUUCUCCCGAUAAUCGAUCGUACAGAGAUGCUGGAUCAGGAAGUGGCUACAAUUCUCCGGUAGGCCAAUCGUCGACACAGAUGUCUCAAUUUCAGCAAUCACAAGAGUUGAGAGCAACAAGACCCGUGAAUCCAAGGUCGGUAAAGCUGAUGAGCCCAAACAACACCGCCUUGGCCGAUCCGUUUUCUCACGGAAAGAACAAUGAAACCUAUACUAACCCUAGCUCUCGCCCUCGGAACAGGGGGUCGCCUGUCAGCGUUCAGCGCCCAGCCCAAAGGAACGGUCGGGCCACCCAGUCCCGACCAGGUGCGAGAGGGCCAAGUCCUCUGGAUGGACCACAGAUGAUGCCACAAUCAGGCCCUGGCGGAGUUGGCCCUGGAUCCCCUGGAGGAAUGCCGGGCCAAGCAGGUCCUGGUGGAAUGGGAGCUAGAGGACCAGGAGGAGGCAUGCCCGGUCAAUCAGGCCCUGGUGGAGUUGGCACUGGUUCCCCUGGAGGAAUGCCGGGCCAAGCAGGUCCUGGUGGAAUGGGGGCUAGUGGACCAGGAGGAGGAAUGCCUCGUCAAGCAGGCCCUGGUGGAGUUGGCACUGGAUCCCCUGGAGGAAUGCCGGGCCAAGCAGGUCCUGGUGGAAUGGGGGCAAGAGGACCAGGAGGACGAAUGCCUGGUCAAGCAGGCCCUGGAGGAGUGGGAGCUGGUUCCCCUGGAGGAAUGGGAGGAGGCAUGCCUGGUCAAUCAGGCCCUGGCGGAGUUGGCCCUGGAUCCCCUGGAGGAAUGCCGGGCCAAGCAGGUCCUGGUGGAAUGGGUGCUAGAGGACCAGGAGGAGGCAUGCCUGGUCAAUCAGGCCCUGGCGGAGUUGGCCCUGGAUCCCCUGGAGGAAUGCCGGGCCAAGCAGGUCCUGGUGGAAUGGGUGCUAGAGGACCAGGAGAGGAAUGCCUGGUCAAUCAGGCCCUGGCGCUGCUUCCCCUGGAGGAAUGCCGGGCCAAGCAGGUCCUGGUGGAAUGGGUGCUAGAGGACCAGGAGGAGGCAUGCCUGGUCAAGCAGGCCCUGGUGGAGUUGGCGCUGGAUCCCCUGGAGGAAUGGGAGGAGGCAUGCCUGGUCAAUCAGGCCCUGGUGGAGUUGGCCCUGGAUCCCCUGGAGGAAUGCCGGGCCAAGCAGGUCCUGGUGGAAUGGGUGCUAGAGGACCAGGAGGAGGAAUGCCUGGUCAAGCAGGCCCUGGUGGAGUUGGCGCUGGAUCCCCUGGAGGAAUGGGAGGAGGCAUGCAAGGUCAAUCAGCCCUGGGGAGUUGGCCUGGAUCCCCUGGAGGAAUGCCGGGCCAAGCAGGACUUGGUGGAAUGGGUGCUAGAGGACCAGGAGCAGGAAUGCCUGGUCAAUCAGGCCCUGGUGGAGUUGGCGCUGGAUCCCCUGGAGGAAUGCCGGGCCAAGCAGGUCCUGGUGGAAUGGCUGCCAGGUGGCAGCCCAGGAUUCCCUGGCUCUGGAGGUGGGCCACCAGGAGGUGCAAUCAGUGGUUUUCCUGGAGCAGCGGGAGGUCCCCCCAAACCAGGAGGUAGUCCAGGAUUUCCUGGCUCUGGAGGUGGCCCACCUGGAGCCGCCGGUGGUCCACCCAAACCAGGAGGUAGUCCAGGAUUCCCUGGCUCUGGAGGCGGCCCACCUGGUGGAACAAGCAGUGGUUUUCCUGGGCAGCCGGAGUCCGGACCAGCACAGGGUGGCCGGAGCUGGUGCGGGUUUCCUGGAGCAGCCGGAGGUCCACCCAAGCCAGGUGGUGGGCCAGGAUUCCCCGGCUCUGGAGGUGCAAGCAGUGGUUUUCCUGGAGCAGCCGGAGGUCCACCCAAGCCAGGUGGUAGUCCAGGAUUCCCCGGCUCUGGAGGUGCAAGCAAUGGUUUUCCUGGAGCAGCCGGAGGUCCACCCAAGCCAGGUGGUAGUCCAGGAUUCCCCGGCUCUGGAGGUGGCCCACCUGGAGGUGCAGCAGUGGUUUUCCUGGAGCAGCCGGAGGUCCACCCAAGCCCGGUGGCGGCCCAGGAUUCCCGGCUCUGGAGGUGGGCACCAGGAGGUGCAAGCAGUGGUUUUCCUGGAGCAGCGGGAGGUCCACCCAAGCCAGGAGGUAGUCCAGGAUUUCCUGGCUCUGGAGGUGGCCCACCUGGAGCCGCCGGUGGUCCACCCAAACCAGGUGGUAGUCCAGGAUUCCCCGGCUCUGGAGGUGGCCCACCUGGAGGAACCAGUAGUGGUCCGUCAUUUCCAGGCGCCCAAAGCAACAGUGCAUUUGGCGGCAGCAACAAUCAAGCAAGAGGGGGUGGCACACAAGGUGGCCCUGUCUUUCCAGGAACCAGCUCAGGAGGACCACCAGGUGGAAACAACAGCCCCUUUGGUGGCAACAACAAUCAAGCAAGAGGGGGUGGCUCGCAAGGCGGCCCAGUCUUUCCAGGAACCAGCUCAGGAGGACCACCAGGUGGAAACAACAGCCCUUUGGUGGCAACAACAAUCAAGCAAGAGGGGGUGGCUCGCAAGGCGGCCCAGUCUUUCCAGGGACAAGCCCGGGAGGACCACCAGGUGGGAACAGCAGCCCCUUUGGCAGCAACAACAAUAAAGAAAACACGAGCAAAGGUGGCGGCUUCAGUUUAUUUGGACGUGGCAACAAGGACAAGAAGGAGAGUGGGCAAUCCAGUGGAGCCACUUUCCCUGGAUCAAGCUUGGGCCAAGGCAGCCAAGGCAAUAGUCCCUUUGGUGGCAACAACAAUCAAGCUAGAGGGGGUGGCACGCAAGGUGGCCCCGUCUUUCCAGGGACAAGCUCAGGAGGACCACCAGGUGGAAACAACAGUCCAUUUGGCAGCAACAACAAUAAAGAAAACAAGAAGAAAGGUGGUGGCUUCAAUUUAUUUGGACGUGGCAACAAGGACAAGAAGGAGAGCGGGCAAUCCAGUGGAGCAACUUUCCUGGAUCAAGCUUAGGUCAAGGCACCCAAAGCAACAGCCCAUUUGGGGCAACAACAAUCAAGCAAAGGGGGUGGCACGCAAGGCGGCCCUGUCUUUCCAGGAACCAGCUCAGGAGGACCACCAGGUGGAAACAACAGUCCAUUUGGUGGCAACAACAAUCAAGCAAGAGGGGGUGGCUCGCAAGGCGGCCCAGUCUUUCCAGGGACAAGCUCAGGAGGACCACCUGCUUAGGUCAAGGCACCCAAAGCAACAGCCCAUUUGGAGGCAACAACAAUCAAGCAAGAGGGGGUGGCACGCAAGGCGGCCCUGUCUUUCCAGGAACCAGCUCAGGAGACCACCAGGUGGAAACAACAGCCCCUUUGAUGGCAACAACAAUCAAGCAAGAGGGGGUGGCUCGCAAGGCGGCCCAGUCUUUCCAGGGACAAGCCCGGGAGGACCACCAGGAGGAAACAGCAGCCCCUUUGGCAGCAACAACAAUAAAGAAAACAAGAAGAAAGGUGGUGGCUUCAAUUUAUUUGGACGUGGCAACAAGGACAAGAAGGAGACUGGGCAAUCCAGUGGAGCAACUUUCCCUGGAUCAAGCUUAGGUCAAGGCACCCAAAGCAACAGCCCAUUUGGAGGGAACAACAAUCAAGCAAGAGGGGGUGGCACACAAGGUGGACCUGUCUUUCCAGGGACAAGCCCGGGAGGACCACUGGGUGGAAACAACAGUCCUUUUGGCAGCAACAACAAUAAGGCAAACAAGAGCAAAGGUGGUGGCUUCAGUUUAUUUGGACGUGGCAACAAGGACAAGAAGGAAAGUGGGCAGUCUGGAGGCUUCCCUGGAUCUAGCUUGGGCCGAGGUUCAUCAACCCCAGGUGGUGUGAGCAAUGGCAGUCCCGUCUUUCCAGGAUCAACACCGCCAGGCGGCAGCCAAGGUGGACCGGCUUUUCCUGGGACAAGCGCAGGAUCCAGCUUGGGCCGAGGUUCGUCAACCAACCAGUCUGGUGGACCUUCAUUUCCAGGCCGAGGAUCCUCUGGUGGGAUGAACAAUGGCAGUCCAGCCUUCCCGGGAUCAAGCUUGGGUCAAGGCAGCCAAAACAAGAGUCCAUUUGGCAGCAGGAAGGAUCAAGACAACAAAAGCAAGGGAGGUGGCUUCAGUUUGUUUGGAGGCAGGAACAAGGACAAGAAGGAAAAUGGAUCAAGCUUCGGCCGAGGUUCGUCUACCAAUCAGUCGAGUGGACCUUCAUUUCCUGGUCGAGGAUCAUCAGGUGGGACUACCAAUGGCAGUCCAAGUUUUCCUGGAUCAACACCUCCAGGUGGUAGCCAAGGUGGUCCUGUCUUCCCUGGGUCAGCAAACUCGGCUCCAGGACGCAACAACAGUCCCUUUGGCAGCAGCAGCAACAACAACAAUCAAAGACCUGGUGGGGCCCAAGGAGGACCAGCAUUUCCGGGGACAAGUUCGGGUAGUACCUUUGGCAGCAGCUCCAACCAGGGAGGACCUGUGUUCCCCAAGUCCAAUGUUGGCUCAAAUUACAACACGGGCGCAGAAUCAAACAGUGGCAGUAUAACAGCUGUUGUUGCUGGUGUAGUGGCAACCGGUGCGGCCUUAUUUGCCGGCUUAACGGCCCUCCCAGAGCUCAACGAGUCACCGGCCAAUGGACAACUAUAUCCAGUAAUCCAACAGGUGAACGAAAUAUCAAAACAGGUGAAGAGUUUCACCAGUGAUUUUAGCGUGCCAAUGGUAACCUUACCUUCAGUAACAGCACCCAAGCCAUCUGCUCCCACACCUACACCGAAUUCUGCUCCCACACCCAAGGCUUCGGCGACAGUGACAACUGCACCUGUACCUGCACCAGCACCUGUACCUGCACCAGCACCUGUACCAGCACCUGUACCCGCACCUACACUUUCACCACCCCCUGCACCGACGCCGCCCAAGGUUGCAGAACCUGCAGCAGCAACACCACCACCAAAACCCGCCCCCGCCCCAUCCCCAGCCCCUUCUAUACCCGCUCCGGCACCCAAACCUGCUCCCAGCCCAGCGUUGGCUAACGAUGGUUUGCCAGCAACAGAUCAGUCGUUGGCCCAGUUGGAAGCUGAAUUGGCAGCGGAAUUGAAAAAGUUGGAACAGGAGCUGAAGAAAUAG